UGUUACUAAAAACCAAGCGCUUCUCAUGAACAAUGAGCUCCUUGAGUGCGGGCUUGGCUGGAAUGUGUCGUUUGCACUGAGAGCUCGCAGUUUGACACACGGUCUCGUUGCUGGAUUUCUUUUUGAUUUUAUUGUUUUGAAGCUCGGUGCAUUUGUUUUGCACGGGAGCUGUUCCUGGACACACGCUCCCCCCGUGUGUGUGUGUGUGAGUGAGAGAGAGAGAGGGGGUGAGAGUUGGAGCGGCGAUGGUUGGCAGCUUAAACCUGCAGGAGGUGACCGGUCCGCUAGUGGAGACCAAGCGGCUGGGAGAGAGGGUGCUGGACAGUCCCGACUCGGGGCUCCCACCCAGCCCCAGCCCCACGCCCAGCCUCUGGCUGCCUUCCCCGGGGAGCUCGGCCGACGGGCGGCUGCUGGAGCAGGACGACCACGGAUUCCCCACCGCAAGACAGCAGCGACACUCGGAUCCUUUGAUUAACUCCCCUUUCCAGAUCGCUGGCUUUGGGCCAAGACUUCACCCGCUGUCGUUUGGAGAAGGUGUAGAAGUUGACCCUCUGCCUCCCAAGGAGAUCAGGUACACCUCCUCGGUGAAGUACGACUCCGACCGGCACUAUAUCGACAACGUGUUCCUGCAGCACUCCUUGGGCGUCGGCUCUUGCCGCCAGACCGUGGUGUGCAUCCCCGACUGCACAUGGCGCAACUACAAGACGGAGCUGAAGUUCGAGAUGCAGCGCAAGCCGCAGCGCUUCCUCAGCGCCGUCAUCGUGUACCCCAAGUACGCCAAGACUGUGUACACCACCACUGUGGAUUACAACUGCAGGAAGGCCAUGCGGCGCUUUCUAUCCAGCGUGGAACUCGAAGUGACGGACUGCAUUAAGCCAAGCUCCCCGACAUUGUGUUUCCCCUGAAUCCAAUUCUGCCCGGGACCCUCCUAUUGCUUCUGAACUCUGGCGGCUUCAGAACUGCUUCAAAACUGCAUUUCUUGCCCCCCCCCCCCCCCUCCUCCUCCCUUGCAUCUUAGAAUCCUGAGGAUUUUCUUCAUCAUAAAUAGAAAAAGAAUUAGGAAUUUAUUUUAGAGAUUUUGAUGCCGUUAGUGUAUAAGGUAGGACUAGAUUGUGCGAGAAUCUAUUUGAUCUUUCUUCCAUUUAGUAUGUUGGGACUAAAGAUUGUGGGGGGGGGGGGGGAGGUGGACAGUGGGUUGGAAGCAAUCUGCCCAGGGUUCGUUCUGUGGGGGAGUGCCAUUGGUGUUUAACAUGAGGUCUUGUGCGGGGGAAGAUGGGGAGGGGGUGCGUUGGCAAACCUGGCCGUGGCACCCAGCCAAAGGCAGACCCUGGGAACGCUGGAGUUCGACGGCCACGGACAGGAGCCAAAGUUCCAACUCCAAUAAAGUUCCACUGCACGCUUGACUUUUUCGGUUCUGAACGUGAGAAGAAUUUGUCACGGUGAACAAAUACGGGGGAAAUUCUGCGUCUUGAUGAACUUGGUCAAGUGACCAUCUGCGGUGGAGGGUUUGGCAAAAUCGGAGGUUGGUAAUCCUAGGUCUUUACCUGGUGCCAAGAAGUGGGUUUUAAUGCGAGUUCUUCUGGGCUGUCUUCACAUAGAAACAUAGAAAAUAGGUGCAGGAGGAGGCCAUUCGGCCCUUCGAGCCAGCACCGCCAUUCAUCGUGAUCAUGGCUGAUCGUCCCGAAUCAAUAACCUGUGCCUGCCUUCUCCC